AUGUCCCUUAAGAUUCCGACCAAGGCCUACUUGACAACACCAAACCCAAGACAUCGUUUAGGUAGUAGUUUGACUUAUCUUAUUUAUCGUAUUAAUUCAUUACAUCGAGAAAUAAGAGGUCUUACAGCCAUUAUUUUGAAGCUUCGGGAGGAAGUCCAGUCUUUCCAAAACCAGUUUACUAUCAGAAAGAGGAGGCGUUUACAGGGUUUCUACUCUGUGACAGCCAGCAGUGGAGAUGAAGAUGAUGAUAUUUAUCAAGAUGCAUAUGGAGGAAGCGAUUUGGAAUCAUUAAAAGAGUUGACUGGGGAAUAUGUUCACUUGACUGAAAACUCUACCAUAGACAGUGAUAAAGCAGCAGAAGACAUCUUUAAUCAAACUGAGACAUUGUUUGAAGGAACCGGUGAUAAUAAAAAUCUUGCUUAUGAACUACUUACAGCCAAUAAAUCAAAGAUAAGUGAAAAAGAAGAUUUUUAUUGGAGACUUGCUAAAGCAGCUUAUUUGUUAGCUCAAAUUAAAGGUGACCAAGGAAAUGCUGAAAGGAAAAAGGAACUGUUAUAUGAGGCUGCUGGGAAUGCUAGUACAUCUUUAUCACUUUAUGAUUCCAAUCCCAAUUCCCAUAAAUGGUAUGCUAUCACUUUAGGAAGUCUGAGUGAUUAUCUUUCCACUCAAGAAAAAAUCAAAAAUGGUUUUCAAAUAAAAGAACAUAUUCAAAGAGCUAUAGAUCUUAAUCCCACUGAUCCAUCAAAUCAUUAUAUGUUAGGUAGAUGGUGUUAUAGUGUAUAUAUGUUGUCAUGGAUAGAGAGAAAAGUAGCAGCUACAUUGUAUGCUUCACCUCCAUCAGCUACCAUUAAUGAUGCUUUAAAUAGUUUCUUAGAGGCCGAUAAAUUAAAAGAUACAAAAUGGAAAGAAAAUAUGUUAUUUAUAGCCAAGUGUUAUAUAGAACUUAGAAAUUAUGAAAAGGCUAAAGAAUGGCUGAAUAAGGCUUCAAUUGUCCCAAUUAAGGAUCCUAGUGAUAAAGAAGCUCAGAUUGAAAUUGAUGCUUUGAAACUGAAGUAUGGCUAG